AUGGCGGAGCGCGUACAGCAGCCCCCGGCCAAGCGGCUCUGCUGUAGACCGGGCUACGGAGCAACAUGUAGGCAAGGCCAGCGGGCCGCGGGGGCGCCGUGCGGCGGCUCGGCUGCCACCCAGGGCGAAUCGAGCCGAACCCAGAGCCCGGAGUCCCUCCUGGACAUCGCGGCGAGGAAAGUCGCGGAGAAGUGGCCGUUUCAGCGGGUAGAGGAGCGCUUCGAGCGGAUCCCGGAGCCCGUCCAGAGGCGGAUCGUGUACUGGUCUUUCCCGAGGAGCGAACGGGAAAUCUGCAUGUACUCGUCGUUCAACACCGGCGGGGAGGAGCUCGGGAGUAGCGGGGAGAGCGGCGACGAGACGCGGCUGCCUUUCCGACGGGGCAUCGCUCUGCUGGAGAGCGGCUGCGUGGACAACGUACUGCAAGUCGGUUUUCAUCUCAGCGGCACAGUAAGGGAACCCGCUACAUCUUCCGAGCCGGAGCUUCUCUGCAACGUGAGCGUCAGCUUUGAUCGCUGCAAAAUCACCGCAGUAACAUGCAGCUGCGGCAACAAGGACAUUUUUUACUGCGCCCAUGUCGUGGCACUCUCGCUGUACAGAGUACGGAAGCCCGAACAGGUCAAACUGCGCCUGCCCAUCUCAGAGACACUUUUCCAAAUGAACAGAGAUCAGCUGCAGAAGUUCGUUCAGUACCUGAUCACGGUGCAUCACACUGAGGUGCUGCCGACGGCGCAAAAGCUAGCGGAUGAAAUACUGUCACAGAACUCCGAGAUCAACCAGGUUCAUGGAGCUCCAGAUCCGACAGCGGGGGCGAGUGUGGACGACGAGAACUGUUGGCAUCUGGACGAGGAGCAAGUCCAGGAACAGGUCAAGCUCUUUCUCUCCCAGGGCGGGUACCAUGGCUCGGGAAAGCAGCUCAACUUACUGUUCAGCAAGGUGAGAGAGAUGCUGAAGAUGAGGGACUCCAACGGCGCUCGCAUGUUAACGCUGAUCACAGAGCAGUUCAUGGGCGACCCCAGACUGGCACUGUGGAGGCAACAGGGGACCACCAUGACUGACAAGUACAGGCAGCUGUGGGAUGAGCUAGGGGCUCUGUGGAUGUGCAUCGUGCUGAACCCCCACUGUAAACCCGAGCAGAAGGGCUUCUGGCUCCGGCAGCUUCGCAGGUGGAACGGCGUGGACGUCUGUCCCUUGGAGGACGGUAACCAUGGCAGCGAGCUGACCAAUCUGACCAACGCUCUGCCCCAGGGCCCUCCCGGCAACCCAGAUUCCCUGACUCGGCCUCACCGGACAGUUUUCACGCGAGCUAUCGAGGCCUGCGACCUGCACUGGCAGGACCCCCACCUGCAGCACAUCAUCACCGAGGACCACUACACCAACUACUGUUACCACGACAACCUCGACAGCUCCCUGUUCGACGCCAGAGGGUGGCCCCUGUGGCACGAGCAUGUGCCCACCGCGUGUGCCCGGGUGGAUGCCCUGAGAUCACAUGGUUACCCCAAGGAAGCACUUAGGCUGGCCAUCGCCAUCGUCAACACGCUACGGAGGCAACAGCAGAAACAGCUGGAGCUCUUCCGUGCUCACAAAAAAGAGCUGCUCCACAGAGGAAUAACAUCAGUCACCAACCUGGAGGGCUGGGUGGGCCACCCCCUGGACCCCAUCGGCACUCUGUUCAGCACCCUCAUGGAGAUGGGGAGAGGCAGCGAAGACGGAGCUGUGCUCGACUUCUCAGGCUCGCUGGGUUCAGGCAGGAGGACGGAGCAUCCUGUUCUUCCUGCGCAGCGUUUCUUGGAGGACGGCGAGUCGUUUGUGUCGCUGGCUGUAGAGACGGCUCUGAUUGGUCUAGGUCAGCAGCGGGUGAUGCCAGACGGACUCUACGCCCAGGAGAAGGUGUGUCGCAACGAAGAGCAGCUGCUGUCCAGGCUUCAAGAGGUCGACUUAGACGACACAUUGGUGAAGAUCUUCCGGAAGCAGGCCGUUUUCCUGCUAGAGGCUGGUCCUUACAGUGGCCUGGGGGAAAUCCUCUACAGAGAAAGUGUCCCCAUGCACACUUUUGCCAAGUAUCUCUUCGCCUCCCUGCUACCUCAUGACGCCGAGCUGGCGUACAGAAUUGCACUGAGGGCCAUGAGGUUGCCGGUGCUGGAGUCCACGGCCCCCUCCGGUGACUUGUCUCGGCCUCACCACAUCGUGUCGGUGGUGCCCAACCGCUACCCUCGCUGGUUCACUCUGAGCCACAUCGAGACACAACAGUGUGAACUUGCCUCUACCAUGCUCACUGCUGCUAAAGGUGAUGCUCGUAAGCUAGAAACAGUGUUAGAGUCCAUCCAGAAGAACAUCCACUCCUCCUCCCACAUCUUCAAACUGGCCCAGGAUGCCUUCAAAAUCGCCACUCUCAUGGACAGCCUGCCGGACAUCACGCUGCUUAAGGUCUCCCUGGAGCUGGGUCUUCAGGUGAUGAGAAUGACCCUGUCCACGUUGAACUGGCGGCGGAGGGAGAUGGUGCGCUGGCUCGUCACCUGUGCUACUGAAGUUGGUGUGUUUGCACUGGACAGCAUCAUGCAGAGUUGGUUCACCCUCUUCACUCCGACCGAAGCGACCAGUGUCGUGGCGAGCACAGUGAUGUCCAACAGCACCAUCGUCCGCCUGCACCUGGACUGCCACCAGCAGGAGAACCUGGCCAACUCCGCCCGCACCCUGGCCCUGCAGUGUGCCAUGAAGGACCCCCAAAACUGUGCCCUCUCAGCUCUGACGCUGUGUGAGAAGGACCACAUUGCCUUCGAAACAGCCUAUCAGAUUGUCCUGGACGCGGCCGCCACAGGAAUGAACUACACGCAGCUGUUUACAAUAGCACGAUACAUGGAGCACCGCGGUUAUCCGAUGAGGGCAUACAAGCUAGCAACGUUAGCCAUGACUCACCUGAACCUCAGCUACAACCAAGACACGCACCCGGCCAUCAAUGACGUGCUCUGGGCGUGUGCGCUCAGCCACUCACUGGGGAAAAACGAACUGGCUGCCGUCAUCCCCCUGGUGGUGAAGAGUGUCAAGUGUGCCACCGUCUUGUCAGACAUUUUGCGACGGUGCACGCUGACGACGCCGGGCAUGGUGGCGCUGCACAGUCGCAGGAACUCUGGAAAGCUGAUGUCUCUGGACAAAGCUCCACUCAGGCAGCUACUGGACGCCACGAUCGGGGCCUACAUCAACACGACGCACUCAAGGCUGACACACAUCAGCCCUCGCCACUACAGCGAGUUCAUCGAGUUCCUCAGUAAAGCCAGAGAGACGUUCUUCAUGGCGCACGACGGACACAUCCAGUUCACACAGUUCAUAGACAACCUGAAACAAAUUUACAAGGGCAAGAAAAAGCUCAUGAUGCUCGUAAGAGAGAGAUUUGGUUAAAAGACAAUCGUGUGACCAAAUCGCCAUUUUUUUUUUUUUUUUACUUGAGUCUCCUUUUUUAUCCUUUCUAACUUGAAGUGAAAAUCCACCUAAAACAACAUCCAUGUGAAUCUUAUUCUUGUGAUUUGGGACUGAUGAUGUGGAACACAGUUUCCUAAAGGCAAAUAAUUAAAUGAAAAGACUGUGAUGUGAAAGCAUACCAAGCAUGAGCACAGAGAGAGUCUAGUGUCGGACAGCCCAAACUAAAAGUGUGAAACAUGUUUUAGAGCAAAUUUUCUCCUAAAGUUGACAAGUUUGAAACUGAAAAAAAAGACUGUAAACGAUAAAGGCGAUGUCUGGGGCCAGAUGUGUCACGCGUGUGGAUCGAGACUAAAACAGAGUGCAGGUACAUUUUUGGGGGGCAGAUUUAUGAAGCUGUUUACCAUGCAGGGGCAUUAAAAGAAAAGCCUGACUCACGUAGUUCAUAUCGAUAAUUCAAGAGAAGCUCCAACUGUAGCCACAGCCGCUAAUGGCUAACAGCUAAUGGAAAUACUGUGGAUGUGACUGUGACAAACUGAAUACUUAAAUUUUAGUACAUGUGUUUGUUACUUUGGUUGAAACACUCCCACUGGGUUUGAUGCUGAGCCUUCCAUUAGACAAGACGGGCGUUCAGUAACAGCUUCACACCCGGAUGUGAAGCUACAACCAUGGUCUUGAUCACAACAAUAACCCACAGCUGUGUCUGCCAGUCAUGACAGUUCGCGUCGGCUAUUUAUCGAGCUUUAGACAAAUUACCUUCAACAAUGAUGUGUACCUUUCAGGCUGCUACUAAUGAUUAUUUUUGAUUGAUCACAAUCGUUUGGUCAAUGAAACAUUUUUAAAAAUGUGUACAAACACAGAGUAACAUCCCUAAAUGUCUUAUUUUGGCCACUGAAAGUCCAAAACCCAAAAAUAUUUAGGACACAGAUAAGCAACAAAUUCUCCCAUUUGAGGCUUUAAACCAGCUAGUGUUCUGCAUCUGUUUUCUGGUUCAAUUGUUACAAGUUAUUAUUUGAUUCUUAAAAAUAGUUUCUUUUUCUAUUGCUCAACCAAUAAGUCACAUGACUAAUGAUUGCAGCUGUACUUAUAUUUAUGUUACUUUGGGCUAAAGUAUAUUGACAAUAUUAUGACUAAGGCCAUGUCUGCACUGACAUAGAUCAUUUUGUGAAAAUGAGAAAAUUAAGUUUGUAAAUACUUCAUUAAUAAACAAAAAAUAAGCAGAACUUUAACUAGCUAUUUUGACAAUUGAGUCAAUUUUUAGAUGAGAAGAUGCCAAAAAUCUGUUUUCUGCUCCUUAAAUGGGAAAAUUAGUCAAAACAGUUCAGUGAAGUGAAUAUCUGUGUGGGUUUUCACUGUUUGCGCCGACAGAACGAAUCCUUUUUUUUGCCAAAACUAUAAUAGUUUGUAUUAGCCCUGAAAAUAUAUUUUACUUUUUGAUUGUGUGUGUCGCUUAUAUUUAAUCUGCUUCCCAUUUCAGUCACAUCUGUGUGUAUCUGUGUACACUCUGUGUGGCGAAUACUCGUUUUUUGUGCGUACACAUCACUUGAUACAUCUGGCCCUGGGUAUUGAUUUGUAUAAAAUGGUAAAGUUCGCAGGAGAGGACUGUCAGUUCGUGGAUGUCUGUGUGUUUUUCCCUUUACAUGUAUGACAGCGAGAGAGUUGUACGCUGACUGUAUCCUGUAUUGUCCAGUGGCGAAAUGUCUACCUUGCACUCCUCUUACUUCCCUCAGCUCACAGCCUCAAAGAGAAGUCAAAUGGCUUUAAACCAAAUGGAGCAACUCCAUCUGAAGUGACGAGUACCUCUUUUUAAGGAUCCAGCUUUACUCUUCCCCCCGCAGGCCUCCUCGCCCAUCUGCUCGAGAAAAACUCCAAAUCCGCCAUCAGAAUUCAUAUUACUGAGUUAUUUUCUGCCAUCUUCAGGCUGAUUGUUUUGGCUUUGCAGUGUUGUCUCAAAUGUUCAGUAUGCUCAUUUUAAACCGUCACAGCGCUCGCUCUUGUGGAAACUGUCAACAUACAUUCUCAGGGAUUUCUCUAAAAAAAAGCCGAUGAAAAAGAAGAAGAAAAAAAGAGAACAAAAGCAUUUUAUCGUCCUGUAUAUAUGAAAGUAUAUGUCUGAAUAUGAAAAAAUGUAUAUGUUAACUAAUUUAUGACAGAAUAUUCUAUGUAAGGCACAAUACUUGAAGCUGCAGUACUUUUGGUUUUUGAAACAAACAUGAAAAAAAAAAAACAUAUCAGUAAGACUUCAAAAAUGUUCGCCUUGCAUUGCGUCAGGGGCCGGUCUGAACGCUAACACGCUGCAGACAUGUGAUGAACUGCAGAGACGGCCGGCUGUAAGACAGAAGUGGACACAAAACACAGAAGUGUAUUGAGAGACGACUGUGGCGGCAGAGCGGCAGCGACGUACAGCUGCUGCAGAAACCUGCCUUCACAUCAGCGUCUGCCGCGACUCACUCACAGGCCGAAGCUGGUUCACGUCCAUGCCUCCUCUUCUCACAUCUCGACUUUGUGCAGGACAGAAAGUUGCUCUAAACUGUAGGUCUCGACUGUUUUUUUUUAACGCUCUUUGUGUGUUUAAUUUCUCUUCCUCUUAAACUGAUUUCGUUUCUCUCUAGAAUUCCUCACACGAGAACAGCCUUCUUUCUUGCCUUGUCUUAAUGCUUUAAAAUAACCAAAUGGGAGUUCUAACUACCAAACUCUUUUCAUACGCCAACUGACUUUGGUUGCAGCCUUUUAGUGUCUUUAAUUUGUAGCUGACUGGCUCUGUGUUCUGUGCUUUAAAAGCUCAUCUCAUCUGUUCUUCAGUGUCGUCUCUUAGAGGUCUGUUAGUAGCUCCUUUGUUUAGAAACGAAUGAUGCUCCCUUUUAUUUAUUACUUUAGGUGAAUGAUUGUACAACCAUGUCGACAUGCUCAUGAAGUUGAAACUAAGAUUUGAUACACUGAUCGAUUUAUUUAUGUAACUAAAUCACUGUUUUAUAAACUUGUUAAUGAAUCAACACUUUGUUUUGAGUAAAUUAGUUUUUUGAGAGGAA